CCCGCGGCCUCCAGAGCGUGGGCUUCGCCUGCAAGAGCCGCGUGAACCAAAAUAUUUUCAACAGCUUCUGCCGGCAACCCCCAGCAUCCAUGCCCAGGCCCGUGUUGGGGGCCCUGGCGCUCUCCACCGCCAUGAAGUGCUCCCCGCCCGACAGCUGCUUCCUGCUCCUGCGUGUCAACGCCUCCCUCACACUGCACGAGAGUCUGCAGGGCCUGGAGGCCUGCUCCACGAGCCUGGACACCCAGGAGACGCAGUGCCAGACUGUGCGGGUUCCCAGGGCCUCCCGCCGGCAGGUGGGGCAGCAGCUCCAGGUGCACUUUGACUGCUUCGAGGUGGGCGUGGCCCAGACCCUCUACGUCACCCUGAGGACUGUCCCCCACUUCUGCGGGGUCCAGCUGGGCCAGCAAUACCACAUGGAAGCUGAGCAGCUCUCCUACUGGGUGGACCGCAGCCGCAAGGUCGUUCUAGUACAGGUGCCAGAGUCUGGGGGCACUGACUACUACGCGCGGCUCUGUCUGAAGCGGUUCACCUGCGAGGACGCGGGCACCCCAGUGCUGGUAACGGGGAACAGUAUCUCCCGGAGGGUCUCUCUGCCCUACAGCCAAGAGUUGUCGUGCCUGUGCCUUGAGGUCUGGUCGGCGACCCCCGACGCGGUGCGAAUCCAAACCUGCCCCUUCAAAGAUGACACGGAGAGCCUCUGGGACGCCAUCCACUACCACCCGGGGAGCCAGGUGCUGAGCUGGGAGCCCGCCUGCCCCAUGAGAGGCCGAGUGAGUCUGUGCUGGCGGCCAGGGCCAGGGGCCCACUGCCUCGAGCUGAAGCACUCAGGCCGGCCGGCCCGCGGCAAGGUGCAGUACCCGCUCGUGGACACGCAGCCCCAGCUCUGCCUGAAGUUCUCCACGAGCCUGGGUUUCCAAGUGAGGUGCCCUUUCAAGCAGCCGCGCUUCCCAGCCUGGAAGAUGACCGUCCAGCCCGCACCCGCUCCGGGCCGCCUCCGGGUGGCCUUCUUCUCGUCCAGCCCCGCCCGCUUCCAGGUGUGCGUGUGUCACCAGGGAAAGACGUGGCCCCCCGACUGCCGUCGACUGCUCCAGGCCACCCCCGUCCCUGCGGCCUCUGUGAGCCAGGGUGACCCCACAGAGGACCCUGCAGUGGCCUUUGUGGACAUCCCCAGGGACGAGGCCUGCGCACCCAGCACCUGCAUCCAGGGCAGGAGGACCGAUGUCCAGUUCUCGGCUCCCCAGCAGCUCUGCAACCUCCAGUGCGCUGCCACCCAGGGGACAGCAGCCUGAGGCCAAGUGUCUCACCAAGAAGACGUGGGCGCCAGGCCCGACUGCAGGCAUGCGGCAAGGGGCCAGCUCACAUCUGGACAGUCCAGGCCUCUGUUGCGAAGGCUAGGCCUCAGGGCAUGCAGUGGCCCCAGACCAGGGCCUGUGUACCUCUCGGGUCUCCAAAGGUCUGCAGCUCCUCGGGCCCUUGGGCCGUUCUGGGACUUUGGGUCAGAGGAAGGCCCUCCAGCCCCUCCUGAAUCCUGAGUGGGGCCAACAGAACAGCUCCAUGGGUAGCCCCUUCCCCAGAUGGCCUAGCCCCUGACGCACCCGUCUCAGCCUGGUGCAGGCUCCCUCUGGACCACCUGGGGUCAGGGCCAGCAUCCCUGACCCUGAACACGAGGUUCUCUGGAGUGCAGGGUGUGACCCCACCCUUCCUGGAGCUGACCAGGUCUGGGGGGCCAGGACACCCAUACACGGGCUGGGGUCCACACCCUGGGUGCCCCCUGGGGCCCAGAAUAGGCCUUCACCAGCCCCCACCCUUCAAAGACUGCUAAGAACCUGACGCCCACCACCCAAGCACCCACCCUGCACCCACGCCCCCAGAGCUCGGACCACCUUCCACUCCCCAGGCCCCCAGCCAGGACAGUGCGGUGAGAGUCGGCCACUCCGCUGGCCUCAGGGGCCACCUGCCCAGACGAGCCAUUCUCAGACAUGUCGCAUCCCUGAGGUCAUCACGCGCCAUCAUUGCUCAGAGCCACAGGGCUCCUUGGCCCUGCAGCGACGUUUCUGUGUCCCAGACCAGGGGUCGCCCAGCAGUCAGCCGGCUGGGCCUGCCCUCACAGGACCCUCCUGCCAGCUCAUAAGGACCACCGGGCCGCCCCGCCAGGCUGCUGUCUGGAGUCACCUUCACCUGACCGGGGGGGCCAGGCCCCACCCUUGGGCGUAAGCAGGGCUGUGUCUGCGCAUGCGCACCUACCUCCAGGCCCCGGGUCUAUGCUGGGCUGCGGCUCCGCAUGCGCACUUACCUCCAGGCCCGGCCUGGGCUGUGCCUCAUUAGCUGGACGCAGGCCGCUGGACGUCUCGUCAUCACUCCCUUAGUGCGAGCUGCUGCCCCCAGCCGACCAAGAGGGGUCGGCAGAGCCCAUGUACCCCCUCGCUCAGAAACUUCUUUGCCUGGCUCGCUGCUUCCCUUGAGGACAGGGAAGGGGUCGGCAGGGCCAGGGAGCCCUCGUGGGGACUGGGGGACCACGGGGCCGCGUGUGCCCCCUGAAGUGGGGUGGAGAGUGUGACUGCAGCCGAACCCCCUCACCUUGGCCAGGCCUGGCCCCUGGCAGGCCGGUGGGCUGUGCUCUGGGCUCACGCAAGUGCUCCUGCUGUCCUCUGGCGACCCCUGUCCACCCCAAGUGCCCCCUCUCCAUCAAGGCACAGAGGGAGGUGGGGACCAAGGUCCCCACACCACAAGUUCCGGCUUCGCAUGCCUGGCCCACCUCGGGGUCCCUGCCUGUGCAGAGACUGCGGCCUUGACCCAGGGCCUCCCUCGGAAGGA